UCAGUGUGAGUGUGUGAGCCAUGUUGGAUGUGAAUGAACGGGAGGAGAGCUGCCGCCGCCGCGCCGCUCCUAACAUGGACCUCAGCGGGUAGAUGCCAACUCUCCGGGCCGGCAGAGACGCGGGGGAGCCUGGGGGAAGGUGUCGGGCGGUGCCGGCGCUCCUGGAACCGGCCACCUAGCUGGAACCGAGGAAGAGAGAAGAGGGAGAAGAGGGGGGACGGCGCACUCGAGAGAAACAGAGAGAGAGAGAGAAAGACAGAGAAUAGCCUGAGUGGGAAGAGGAGAGAAAGGAGGGGGAAACACAAGAGAAAGGAAGAGACUAAAUGGCUGCACCGCUGACGGGCUUCACCCCGCUCCUGCUCUCGUCUCUGGCUCUCCACCUGCUUCUCCUCGGUCCUUUGUUAGCGCUUACUCCAGGGAGGGUGAGUACAGGAGGGGCUCCCGACACAUGGACCCCCGGCCUGGUGAACCCACGACAGCAGCAGCAGCAGCGGUAUCAGAGAGGGCGAGCAGGGGAGUCGCCCGGGGGGAGCAGACAUCUCCGCCCAUGCAGGUGCACCGAGGCGCGGGUCCAGCCCGGCACAUGCGCCGGAGCGCAGCGCGCAGCGGGGACGCAGGAGGGAUUCCAGCUGGACGCGGCCAGGGGGGCAUGGAAAAAGAGACUGAAAGGACCCGGGACGUUUUGGGAGGGGGCUCCAUCCCCAUCACCUCCUCCCUCUGUUCUCCAGCCCUGUAUCAGGAGCAGGUGGAACUCCGAUGGCGUCGGUGCAGGAGGAGAGGGAGUGGAAAGGAGUGAGGUGGUUGGGAGGAAGGGCGUUGUUUCACCUACCGCCUCACCUGCCUUCGCCUUCUUGUGGGCUCAAAACGGGAAGAAAAGGGCAGUACAAAGGACUAAAACGUGCGCGCAAAGGUGGCCGGCGUCGAGGCCACACCUCGCCAAACGUGGUUCCGCCGGAGCCUUUGUACACGUUUGUGGUCCGUGCAGGGCACCCGGAAGUGGAGAGAGGGGGGAAAGGGCUCACGAGGUGAGGAGGCUCACAAUCAGCUCAUCCACACCUCGUCAUGCACGAGUCCUCCUCCUGGCCAACAAGUUCUUUUCUGGCGUCUUUCCAUCCGCUCCCUCUUGGUGCAUCCAUCUCCUUUCUGGAUUUAUUUUACCUCCUACUGAUGCGUCAAAUCACACCUUCAUAACCACAAACAUUUUUACAAACACUUCAGACUGUAUCUGGACAUCAACACUGGACUACAUUGGCCAUUUUCCAACUUUUAACUCCUCCCAGACCGGCUACACUGAUAAAAUUAAACAACAACCUGUUUCUAGGGACAAGAAAAAGAAGGUUCGUGAUGCAAAGGGGGGUUUAUUCAGCUUGGAUGAGAGGGCUGGUAAUUGCGCUCAGUUGGGAAGGCACUAUGAUAUCGAUCCAUACAGCAACAGAGAGGGGGGUGAUGAUAACCAGAUGACUCGGUGCAUUACAAGAAGUGGGAAAGAGAAGGGACAGAGAGGUGGGGGAGAUGUACAGGAGGAUGCACACAGAUAUAGCUCACAGACAUUAACGAGUCUUGGUACCAGGGCGUUCCGAGGUUGUUGGUCAUCCCGUUUCCGUGACGUGAAUGCAAUGUCCAACUGUGCCAGGAACACGGACAGAACGAGGGGUGCUGGUGGAGAGGCGUACCAUGGCAACGAACACAUUAAUUUAUCUAAUUGGCCGGAUAAUGGUUUGGCUUUUCCAAUUCUACAGUUCUUAGGCAGUGCAGAUAAUGAGCUUCAGCAGGGAAAAUCACCGGCAAAGAGGGGGCAAAGAAGUCAGACCCAGAGAGGAAUCAUACGGGUUCUCGGUGCCUGCUUCAGUUGUCUGAGUAGAAAAGAAACGGGGGGAGGAUAUUUAACCGUGUUUAUGGUCCCCCAGGGAAGGGGAGCUCAAACAAAUCUACAAUUCCGAUUUAUAAUCAGUAGCGUCGCAGGAACGCAAGGCAGGCAGAUUUUAUCCCACAAAAGCGCAUUACAAUAUUCUGAACGAGUGUUCAAUACUCUCACUCGAACAGAUACAGAGAGUGGAAGACUGUCGACGCAUCUCCCUCUAACAGCUGGAAAAGUGAUAGCAAGUGAAGAGGGUUCAGAGUCCGCCGGUGACUCAGGUUUUCUCUCGCCUGCUGAGUUUCCCGUUACAUCUCCCGGUGCUGUGUCAGCCACGAGUCAUCCUGCAGCAGAAACCGAACCGCGUCUUAUCUCCCAGCCCGAUGGCAAAGCGGGUCUGAAUGGAAGCACGUGGCAGGAGGAGAGGAUUUCAGCACCACGGACAGCUCCUCUGUGGAGCAAAUACAACACGAACAGCAAUAACAACAACAAAGAUGACAAAAGUGGACAAAGUGUCUCAAAUGCCUCUGAGAGAGUUAAGUCGUCCCGGGAAGACGAGACGCGGAAGCAGCAGCAGCAGAACACGUGGGAGCGUGCUGCCCAGUCAGGCAACAUUUCCAAUGACUUUUCAGCCACUGGGCGAGGAGAACAAGCUCAUAUGCAAAUACAAUUCAGUAAUCAAGUGCCAUUAGAGCCUGAAGGUGUGAGACAGGCCGACAGGAAGCAGAUGGAGGCCGGGAGAGAAAAGGAGAGGAGUGUUGGGAGGGAGGGAGAUGGCUCGGAGGGGUCUGCUGCUGCUGAUGCUGAUGCUGUUUGGGAAGGAAAAUUACAGGUGGGGGAGGGCGAGACUGAGAUGCGGCUGAUGGGAGGGAGGGAACCACGAGCAGGAGAGGAGGAGGAGGUGGAGGAACGGGAAAAGGAGAGGGAAAAGGGAGUAACAAAGGCAAGUGAGGACAGAGAGGCGGAGGGAGAUAAGGGUCAGGAUAGGGCCCGUAGCACCUCUCUGAUCACACCGUUAGAGAGCAAAAGACUGAAACGGGAGAGCCAAGCAGAUGAAAGCCAGCGGAGAGGUGAUGGGGGGUUUGAGAGUGAAGUGGAAGAGGAGGAAAGGCACACUUCUAGGGGAGAGAGGAGCCUGGAACGACUGAUAAUAGUAGCAGAUGAUGAUACCUCACUAGGAGAAAAGGAUAGGAGGAUCAUGAUGCCCUGGUCUCGAUCCAAACGUGCGGCCAACAGGCACCCUCAUUUCUCACUGUAUAACUACCAAGUACAAGUUGCUGAAAACCAGCCAUCCAGCACCUCCGUCAUUAUCAUGUCUGCCACAGACGCAGAUGCAGGAGAUGCAGGGCGAGUGAGCUACACAAUGGCACCACUGAUGAACAGUCGAUCUUCUGAUUACUUCCACAUUCACCCAGACACAGGUCUCAUCACCACCACCCAGAUUCUCGACAGAGAGCACAUGGACCUGCAUUACUUCCGGGUCACAGCGACUGAUCAUGGCUCCCCUCGCCUCUCUGGAACCACAAUGGUGGCCAUUACUGUUUCAGACCGGAAUGAUCAUUCUCCUAUAUUUGAGCAAACAGAGUACAGGGAGACAAUAAGGGAGAAUGUAGAGGAAGGCUAUCCAAUCCUGCAGCUGAGGGCCACGGAUUCAGACUCACCAUCCAAUGCUAAUAUCCGAUACCGGUUUGUUGGUGACACAGCAGCUAUAGCACGAGCUGCCUUUGAGAUUGAUCCACGCUCUGGUCUCAUAACAACCCGUGGAUCUGUGGACCGUGAGAUAACUGAGCACUUCACACUCCAAGUGGAGGCUAGUGACCAGGGGAAAGAUCCGGGGCCACGCUCUGCCACAGUCAAAGUUUACAUCACAGUGCUGGAUGAAAAUGACAAUGUGCCACAGUUCAGUGAAAAGCGCUAUGUGGUGGCAGUAAAAGAGGAUGUUCGGCCUCACUCUGAGAUCCUCCGUGUGAGUGCCACAGACCGGGAUAAGGACAGUAAUGCUGCUGUUCACUAUAAUAUCAUCAGUGGAAACAGCCGUGGACAGUUUAAUAUCGAUAGUGUCACCGGUGAGAUUCAGGUGGUGGCACCACUGGACUAUGAAGCUGAACGAGAGUAUACACUCCGUAUCCGUGCACAAGACAAUGGACGACCACCUCUCUCUAACAAUACUGGAAUUGUCAGCGUUCAAGUGACAGAUGUCAAUGACAACCCACCUAUCUUUGUGUCCACACCCUUCCAGGCAUCUGUGCUUGAGAGUGCCCCAAUUGGCAGUUCCAUCCUCCACAUUCAAGCCAUUGAUACAGAUUCGGGUGAUAACGCCCGCCUAGAGUACAGGUUAACUGGCACUGGCUCUGACACACCGUUCGUUAUCAAUUCUGCAACAGGUUGGGUCACUGUCAGCUCCAUUCUUGACAGGGAAUCUGUUGAGCACUAUUUCUUUGGUGUGGAGGCUAGGGAUUAUGGCCGGCCCCCUCUUUCUGCCACAGCAAGUGUCACUAUAACAGUGAUGGAUGUUAAUGACAACCGUCCCGAGUUCCUCCAAAAGGAAUACUAUUCUCGUCUGAAUGAGGAUGCAGUGGUUGGUACCAGUGUAGUGACGGUCACAGCAGUGGAUCGCGAUGUCAACAGCGCAGUGACUUAUCAGAUAACAGGAGGAAACACAAGAAACCGCUUUGCUAUCAGCACAGCAGGAGGAGCUGGACUUCUCUCGCUGGCUCUCCCGCUUGACUACAAACAGGAGCGGCGUUACGUUCUUACUGUCACUGCCUCAGACCGGACACUCCAUGACACCUGUCAGGUGCACAUCAACAUCACAGAUGCCAACACACAUCGACCUGUUUUCCAGAGUGCCCACUACUCUGUUAGUGUGAAUGAGGACCGGCCACCCGGAAGCACCGUAGUUGUGAUAAGUGCUACGGAUGAUGAUGUUGGUGAAAAUGCUCGCAUCACCUACUUUCUUGAGGAUAACAUCCCUCAAUUUCGCAUUGAUCCAGCCACAGGAGCGAUAACACUCCAGGCAGAGCUUGACUAUGAGGACCAGAUGACCUACACGUUGGCUAUAACAGCUAAAGAUAAUGGCAUACCACAGAAAUCGGACACUACAUAUGUUGAGGUGAAUGUGAAUGAUGUGAAUGACAAUGCACCUCAAUUCCUCAGUCCCAGAUAUCAGGGGACAGUGAGUGAAGAUGCCCCUCCCUUUACCAGUGUCCUCCAGAUCUCAGCCACUGACCGUGAUGCACACGCCAAUGGCCGAGUUCAGUACACUUUCCAAAACGGUGAAGAUGGGGAUGGAGACUUUACUAUUGAACCAACGUCUGGAAUAGUUCGAACCGUUCGUCGUUUGGAUCGUGAGAGCGUGCCAUUCUACGAGCUCACAGCCUAUGCUGUGGAUCGUGGUGUACCCCCCCAACGAACCCCUGUCCACAUCCAAGUAACAGUUCUGGACGUGAAUGACAAUGCUCCUGUCUUCCCUGCUGAUGACUUUGAAGUUCUAGUGAAGGAAAACAGUGCAGUGGGUUCUGUGGUCGCCCAAAUCACUGCCACGGACCCAGACGAGGGUGCCAACGCUCAGAUCAUGUAUCAAAUUGUGGAGGGCAACAUCCCUGAGAUCUUUCAGAUGGACAUCUUUUCAGGAGAGCUCACUUCACUCAUUGAUCUUGACUACGAGGCCCGCAAUGAGUAUGUGAUCGUGGUUCAGGCCACAUCAGCACCACUAGUCAGCAGGGCCACUGUUAGAAUCCGUUUGGUGGACCAGAAUGACAAUCGACCGACUCUGCAGGACUUUCAAAUCAUUUUCAACAACUUCGUGUCCAACCGCUCCAACAGUUUUCCCAGCGGGGUGAUUGGGAGAGUACCCGCCCAUGACCCCGAUGUGUCAGACAGGUUGUACUACACCAUCGACAGGGGAAACGAGCUCCACCUGCUGCUGCUGAAUCACACCAGCGGAGAGAUCCGGCUGAGCCGAAAACUGGAUAACAACAGGCCACUGGUUGCUCCCAUGCUGAUCACUGUCACGGACGGCGUCCACAGCAUCUCAGCCCAGUGCGUUCUCAGAGUCCUCAUCAUCACCGAGGACAUGCUUGGAAACAGCGUCACCGUCCGCCUCCAGAACAUGUCCCAGGAGCACUUCCUGUCGCCGCAGCUGGGCACCUUCCUGGAGGGCGUGUCCGCAGUGCUCUCGGUGCCCGUGGAGGACGUCUUCAUCUUUAACAUCCAGCCGGACAUGGACGCGUCGCCGGGCCGGAUCCUGAACGUCAGCUUCUCCGCUGCGUUGCCAGGCGGAGACUUUUUCCCCUCUGAGGCCUUGGAGGAGCAGUUGUACUUGAACAGACCCAGGCUGACUUCUCUGACGCAGAUGGAGGUCCUCCCAUUCGAUGACAACGUGUGUUUGCGGGAGCCUUGUCAGAACUACAUGAAAUGCAUUUCGGUGCUCCGCUUCAACAGCUCUGCCCCCUUCAUCUCCUCGCCUUCCAUCUUGUUCCGGCCGAUCCAUCCCAUCGCAGGCCUGCGCUGCCGGUGCCCUGUGGGCUUCACGGGCGAUUACUGUGAGACAGAAAUCAACUUGUGUUACUCCAACCCCUGCCUGAACGGAGGGGUGUGCGCCCGCAGAGAGGGGGGCUACACCUGCAUCUGCCGUGAAGACUACUCUGGUGACAGGUGUGAGUUCGACCGGCGGCAGGGCAGGUGCAUGCCAGGUGUGUGCCGUAACGGGGGCACGUGCCGGGAGCUUUCCGGCGGGGGUUUCCGCUGCGAGUGUCCCGCAGGAGGGUACGAGCGGCCGUACUGCACCGUCACCGCCCGCUCCUUCCAGCCCAAGUCCUUCGUCAUGUUCCGGGGCCUCAGGCAGAGAUUUCAUCUCUCCAUUUCGUUAACGUUUGCCACCCUGGAGACCAGCGGCCUUCUCUUCUACAACGGACGCUUCAACGAGAAACAUGAUUUCAUCGCUUUGGAGAUCCAGGAGGGACAAGUGGUGUUUAAAUAUUCCACAGGUGAAUCGUCCACUCAGGUGAGCCCCUUCCUGCCUGGCGGCGUGAGCGAUGGAAACUGGCACACGGUUCACAUCCACUAUUACAACAAGCCCGCUACACGCUAUCCGAGGCGGAGCGUGAUCGGAGAAGCUCAGGGUCCAUCAGAUGAGAAGCUGGCUGUGGUGAGCAUCGACGACUGCGACACCUCCCUGUCACUGCGCUUCGGCACACAGCUGGGAAAUUACAGCUGCGCUGCGCAAGGAAAACAGACCAGCAGCAAGAAGUCUCUGGAUCUGACAGGUCCAUUAUUUCUGGGCGGAGUUCCCAACGUGCCCGACAAUUUCCCGUUCGGCACCAGGGAGUUUAUUGGCUGUAUGAAGGAGUUGCACAUUGACAACAAGCCGCUGGAUCUGGCUGGAUUUAUAGCUAACAAUGGAACAAUUCCUGGCUGCAGUGCCAAACUCCCCUUCUGCAAGUCCAACCCAUGUCAGAACGGGGGCACGUGCAGGGUGAGCUGGGAGACUUUCUCCUGCGACUGUCCCACCGGAUAUGGAGGGAAGGACUGCAGCCAGAUAAUGCCCCACCCCCACCGCUUCCUGGGAAACAGCGCCCUCUGGUGGGACCUGAAGAACGACGUGACGAUCUCCACGCCCUGGUACCUGGGCCUGGUGUUCAGGACCAGGGCGCGCGAGGGGACGCUGCUCCAGGCCCAGGCGGGCCAGUACACCAGCCUGCUGUUCCAGGUGAUAAACGGUCAGCUCGUCUUCUCUGUGACUCGCGGCUCGGCGAGACCGGUGCGCCUGCGUCUGGAUCAGGUUCAAGUGGCAGACGGGCGAUGGCACGACCUCCAGCUGGAGCUGCGGGACGUUCACAGCGGCCGCGAGACGCGCUACGUCGCCACACUGAGGCUCGACUUCGGACUUUAUCAGGGAACCGUGAUAGUGGGAAACGACAUUCACGGCUUGAAGGUGAAACAUCUGCAUGUGGGGGGAGUGCUGGGCUCCGGAGAGGUUCAGAACGGGAUCAAAGGAUGCAUACAGGGGGUUCGGUUGGGCGUACGGCCCGACGCGCCGGCCCUGCCCCGCCCGUCCAGAGCCGUCAAAGUGGAGACCGGCUGCAGCGUCGGCAACCCGUGCCUCUCGUCUCCCUGUCCGGGUCACAGUCGCUGUUCGGACCUAUGGGAGCGCCACGCGUGUAUAUGUGAAUCUGGCUUCUACGGGAAGAGCUGCACGGACGCCUGCCACAUGAAUCCAUGUGAGAACGAGGCCCAGUGCCACAGGAAGCCCAGCUCCUCCCACGGCUACACGUGCGACUGUGGAGACAACCACUACGGGCAGUACUGCCAGCACAGGAUUGAUCACCAGUGUCCCCGGGGUUGGUGGGGGUCUCCCACCUGUGGACCGUGCCACUGUGACGUCAACAAAGGCUUUGACCCCGACUGCAACAAGACCAGCGGACACUGUCACUGCAAGGAGUUUCACUACCGUGUGCGGGGCUCCGACACCUGCCUGCCGUGCGACUGCUACCCGGUGGGCUCCUUCUCACGGUCCUGCGACCCCGAGACGGGCCAGUGUCAGUGCCGGCCCGGCGUGAUCGGCCGCCAGUGCAACGCAUGCGACAACCCGUUUGCCGAGGUCACAAACUCGGGCUGCGACGUGAUCUAUGAUGGUUGUCCGAGGACCAUCACGCAGGGGAUCUGGUGGCCCCGGACCAAGUUCAACCUGCCUGCUGCCGUCCCCUGCCCCAAAGGCUCCGUUGGAGCAGCCAUCAGACACUGCGAUGUGGAGAGAGGGUGGCUGGAGCCAGACCUUUACAACUGCACCUCCCCCCCGUUUGUGGAGCUCAACAUUGCUCUGGAUUCCCUGGAGCGUAACGAGACAGAGAUGAACACCAUCCUGGAGAAGAAGCUGGCUCACCAGCUCCGUGAUGUCACCGAGGCCACGCCCCGCCUCUACGGAAACGACUUGCAGAUAGCCGAGCGACUGCUGUCCCGCCUCCUGACAUUUGAGACGCAGCAGAGCGGCUUCGGGCUCACCGCCACCCAGGACGCGCACUUCAAUGAGAACAUCCUGCGAGGCUGCAGCGUGCUCUUAGGCCCCGGCACCUCGGGGCUCUGGCGAGCUCUGGCCCAGAAUCAGAACCACAUCCUGGGUGGCGGUCCGGCCGAGCUGACGGAGCUGCUGGAGCACUACUCCCAGAACCUGGCCCAGAACAUGAAGCUCACCUACCUCAACCCCGUUGCCUUGGUCUCGCCCAACAUCGUCAUGAACCUGGACCGCGUGGAGAACCAGACGCAUGUGCGGCGACGUUUCCCGCGUUACCACACCACCCUGUUCCGGGGUCAGGCUGCGUGGGACCCCUACACCCACGUGACGCUGCCCCCCGCUGUCCUGGUGCCCCAACGGCAGCAGCACCACAACUGGAGGGACAAAGAACCCUCGGCCCCCCAGAGCGCUGGCUCCGCCCCCGCCGGCGUCCCAGCCAAUCAGACGAGGGAAUACACCGCAGCCAGACGCAGCGUUUCGCUGCCCGAUUCACCCAUAACCAUCGUCAUCUUGUUGAUAUAUCGAAGCCUGGGCGCCGCGCUGCCUCCCAAGUACCACGCAGACCGGAGAGGAGUGAGACUUCCCAGACAUCCGGUGAUGAACUCCCCGGUGGUCACCGUGUCCGUCUACAACAACCAGACGUUUGUGAGCGGCCACUUGGACCAGCCCAUCCAGCUGGAGUUCAAGCUCCUGGAGACGGCCAACCGCAGCAAACCCCUGUGUGUGCAGUGGAACCACAGCAGCCCGCAUGAGUCGGGGGGUUGCUGGAUGGUGAAGGACUGCAUGGUGGUCUACAGGAACACCUCUCAUGUCCGCUGUCAGUGCCAGAGACUCGGCACCUUCGGAGUGCUAAUGGACAGUUCGCAGAGAGAGCAGUUGGAGGGGGAUCUGGAGACGCUGGCCAUGGUCACGUACUCGUCCCUGUGCCUCUCCAUGCUGGCCCUCCUCCUCACCGUCCUGGUGCUCUCCUGCCUGCGGGGGCUCAAGUCCAACACCAGGAGCAUCCACUCCAACACAGCGGCCGCCAUGUUUCUGUCGGAGCUGGUGUUCCUGCUGGGAGUCAACCAGACCGAGCAACAGUUCCUGUGUACAGUCGUGGCCAUCCUCCUGCAUUACUUCUUCAUGUCCACCUUUGCCUGGAUGUUCGUGGAGGGCCUUCAUAUCUACCGGAUGCAGACGGAGCAGCGCAACAUCAACUUCGGUGCCAUGAGGUUCUACUACGCCAUCGGCUGGGGCGUUCCCGCCAUCAUCACAGGCUUGUCUGUGGGUCUGGACCCGGAGGGUUACGGGAACCCGGACUUCUGCUGGAUCUCCAUCUACGAUAAACUCAUCUGGAGCUUCGCUGGCCCCAUCGCCAUUGUUGUCCUGAUGAAUGGAGGGAUUUUCAUAAUCGUAGCCAAGAUGUCCUGCAACCCGUCUCAGAAGGAGACCAAGAAACUCCCCGUCAUCGCAACCAUCCGCAACGCUUUCCUGCUGCUGCUGGUGGCCACCUCCACCUGGCUGUGUGGUCUGAUGGCCGUAAACAACAGCAUUCUGGCUUUCUACUACAUAUUCGACGUCUUCUGCCUCGUGCAGGGCCUCGCAGUGAUGCUGGUCUUCACUGUGUUCAACGCCGAAGUGCAGGAGGCCUGGAGAGUUGCCUGCCUGGGGAAGAAAAGCCCCGGGGAAGACCCACCGAGACCCCCGCAGAACACAGCUCAGAACCCGUAUCACAACGCAUCGCUGUUGGAGCAGAGCGGGCUGCACCGCAUCACCCUGGGAACCUCCACCAUCUCCUCCGUCAGCUCUGCAAGAGAAAACCUUUUGGCCCGUCAGACUCUGGAACAAAACAUCGUGCAGACUGGAGCGACAGACUUGGAUGUAGCCAUGUUCCACAGAGAUGGAGGUAAAGGUGUGGACUCAGAUUCAGACUCGGACCUCUCCAUGGAGGAAGAGCGCAGUCUCUCCAUCCCUUCAUCCGAGAGCGACGACAACGUGCGUCUCCGUGGGCGCAUCCAGCGGCGAUUCAAGCGCUCCAAUCACAGCGAGCGUCUGCUCACCGAGCCCACCAACAACGGCACCAAAGCAGACCUGGAUGGCAAUGACCUGUUGUCCUACUGGCCGGCUCUGGAUGAGAGCGACACCCACACCUUGCAGAAGUGGGGAUCAGAGCGCCCCCUGGGGGCGGAUUACAGCAAGGACGCCGCCAACAACAACCAGCUGGACGGAGCGCUCACCAGCGGGGACGAGAACGGCAUCGGUCAGCCACACAGACACCGGAAGGGUAUCCUGAAGAACCGCCUCGGCUGUCCUCCGGCGCUGCAGGGUCUCUCCUCCAUGGGCCGGGUUCCCAGCGAGCUCAACUGGUACCGGACGUCGACUCUCGGCCACCGCGGCGUCCCGGCAGCCUCGUACGGUCGAAUGUAUUCCGCCACGGCUUGUGCCGGCGGAGGGAGCGGCUCCCUCUCUCAGCCGGCCUCCCGCUACUCCUCCAGGGAGCACCUGGACUCCCUGGCUCGGAGGCAGUUGUCCCGGGACCCGCUGGGGCGGCAGACGGUCGGCGGGUCGAGGGACCGGCUGGAUUCCCGGGGCUCCAGGGACAACCUGGACCUCCUGCCCCGGAGGAGGGAGCUGGGUCUGGGGCAGGGAGCGGCCUUCGCGGGGCCGGACCACCAGCGGGUUUCCUCCUCCAGGGAGAACCUGUCUGGAUCCAGGGAAAGACUCAACAACCACCACGGCAGCAGCUUCCACGCUUCCCGGGAGGACUUAAGUGGGAAUGGGGGGGGUGUUGCAGCCGGGAUGGAGGGAUACCUCAGCGGGUCGAGGUCGCAGCUGAACACGCUGACUCGGCGCCAGCAGGCCUCGUCCAGGGAGCACCUCGGGGGGGCGCUGAUGAGCAGCCGGUCGCGGGAGCAGCUGGAGCCCAACGGGCCCAACGGCGUGGGCUCGCAGCCGCAGCCGUGCAGGGAGUGGCUCCGCACGCUGCCGCCCCGGCAGCCCUCGCACCCCGACCAGCCGCCCUCCGCCUCGCCGCCCCCGCCCAUCUCCGAGGAGCCCCAGCAGGAGCAGCCGCCCCCCCCGGCCCACGUCCGGGGACGCCUGGACUCGGCGCCUUCGUGUAGGUACCCCGCUCAGACCGGCCCCCAGGUCGCAGGUUUGAACCCCAACCCCAUCGGCCGGCAGCCGUCCACCGAACACCUGGACAUUCUGUCCUCCAUCCUGGCGUCCUUCAGCUCCUCCGCCCUCGCUCCCCCGCCCGCCGCCUCUAACCCCGGUCCUAACGGCUCCGUCCACGGACUCUCCCCGUCCCCACCCCAGUCCACCACCUCCCACAGUAUCUCUGAAGUUUCCCCUGACUCAGAAGCUAACAGAAGCGAAGGACAGUCUUGAUGAAAGCCUCCACAUCCCUUCAUUCAUUCCAAAGUGCUGGGCGCGACGGUUGUGGACGGCCCUGAAUGGAUGCAACACCCUGGGACGUUGGAGGACUGGAAGCCAAGCGGGUCGGAGGAGACAAGAAGCUACUCGGAUGGAAGGACAGAAAAUUUAUAGAUAAAACUUAUAGUGAUAAAAGAGGAGAUUUGAGGAUGGGGUCGUGCUGUGUACAUUAAUCUUUUUCAGCCCCGGUGUCUAGAGAGUACGAGGGUUAUUUCUGGCGUUGAGUCAACCAACUCUGCUACCUAAAAACUGUUUAAAAACACACAAAAAAAAUCUCGGUUUUCAAACACACGUUAGCCUAAACCAGAUAAGACCCACGGAAAAAAAAACAAGCGACUGUAAAUAACAUUUUUAUACAUUUUGUAUCUUUUACAUUGAAGAUGAAGAAAUCUCUUGUGAUGUUUCUUUUUUUUUUCUUUUCUUUUCUUUUUUUAAAGCGAUUGUGUCCGUGUGCGGUUGUGAGCGAGAUCAAUGCGAGUGCAGUUUCAUGCGUCGACGAGGGAAGAAAUUUCCUCAUCCAAGAAAAAAAAAAAAAAAAAGGGAAAAAAAAUCCUCAGACUUCACCCGAAAAAAUAUUUUCCUCCAAAAGUUUUCCUCGUACCAACCAACUUUAAUGUAUAGCGCCAGGGUUUCCACAAUAGUAUCUGAUGAGAUUAUCAAAACCACCAGAAAGUGGUUGGAGGGUGAAUAUCAAAGAGUCAGGAAGCGAUUGUAUAUAGAUGAAUGGAUUAUGGUAAGAGACGCCCGCUGACGGAACGUGAAGAUUGUGCUGAGGAAGAUUGCUAGGUGGUAAAACCGUUAAAGGUUCAGUCCCAGGUGUCAGAGGAUCAGCUCUUUUGACAGAUCGUGUUUUGUGAUUCAAUGUUUAUGAAUGUGACCUUGUCAUCUAACUGCACAUCUUUGUGCCUGGUGCUGUCUGAACUAGACCAUAUUAGUCCACUGACGUGUUAAACAUCAUAUCUGCAGAGUCUGCCGGCCUCUUUGCACGAGGCUCCAUCAUGUCACCACCUUUUCAAAGCUCCUUGAGGCUUUUUUUUGGUUUGUUUGUUUUUUAUCCUUCAUUUGCUUUGAUGUGUCAUGGGUCCGUGUACUUCGCAGCCAUCCGUUUUU